GAUUCGGCGCUCUCACCGCCGCGGCCCGGGUUCGAUUCCCGGUCAGGGAAGCUCGCUUUUUGCGUUUUGGCUUUUCCCCGCGGAGGCGGAGACAGAACCUCCCGCGGGGCCGGGGAGGCUCGGCUCGGACUGUGGCCCCCGAGCCCGCGGGACGAGCCGUUUCUGCCGCUUAAGCCUCCGAGUUUGUGGCGCUCGGUCGCGCAGACCUGGAACACGAGUGGAUUCCGGGAAACCGGCAAGUCACCACGUCACCGUGUUAGUGCUUCGCCUCCCAGCGGCGCGGACCCUCCCAGAGCAAACGGCCCGUUCCCGGCCCUGCGGCGGCGGCGGAGGGGGUGCGGCCCGGGGACCCGGGCGACGGGUGGGACGCCCGCCCGCUGGCCCUGCCUCCCGGCAAGUCCCCGACCCGGCAUUUGCCCCGAGGUUUUGUGCGUGUGAGGACACGAGUGGACGUGGUCCUGCGCUUUCUAGGCGACACCGGGCGGCGGUGGCCGCGCUCCGGACCUCCGGGCCCGCGGGGACCGCGACUCGGAGCCGGGAAGGACGCCCCCCGGCGGCAGGAAGUGAAACUGCAGGCGGUUGGGAAGCCAGACCUCCGACCGCGACGGCGCCGCCCGCUGCUCUCCGCCGCCCCCGGGACGUCCGCGCGGAUUCCAAGCGUCCUCCUCGGGCGAUGGCGGGACCCGCGGGAGUUCACCUCCGCAACACCGCUGGACUCCGGCUGGGUCCUGGGUGGACUUGGGAGACCAGCAUGCUUCGGCGUGUGCAUCCCGGCAGCCCGUGGCUGCUUCGCCUGUGGACAGCGUGGGCUUUGCUGCUGCUGGCUGCUGCAGAUGGGGGAGCUGCAGGUCUCCCGAAGGCCGUGGUGCGCCUGGAGCCCCCCUGGUUCAACGUGCUCCGGGGGGACAGCGUGACUCUGCACUGCCAGGGGCCCCACGGCCCCGGGGACGGCCCCACCCAGUGGUCUCGUGACGGGACCCCCAUCCCGACCCAGGUCCAGCCCCACUUCAGCUUUAAGGCCACCAUGAACGACACUGGGAACUACAGGUGCCAGACUGACCAGACCAGCCUCAGCGACCCUGCGCACCUGAACGUCACUUCUGACUGGCUGCUGCUGCAGACCCCGCGCCUGCUGCUGCGGGAGGGCGACCCCCUCGUGCUGAGGUGCCACAGUUGGAAGAGCCAGCCCCUGUUCAAGAUCUCGUUCUUCCAGGACGGCAUAGCCAAGUGGUACUCCCCCGCCAAUUCCAGCUUCUUCAUCCCACACGCUAACGUCAGCCACGGCGGCAAGUACCACUGCUCCGGAUUCAUGGGGCGGAACAGGCACGAGUCCCACCCUGUGCGCAUCGACAUUCAAGGACCCCGAGGCCCGAGGGUGCCCCCCACAAGUCCCUCUCAGCCGAGGCUCCGCUCCGGGCUCAGGGCAACCACGUGGCCCAACAGUCUCCCAGACCCGGCCUUUCCAUCCAUCGCACCGGUCUCUCUACCGUGGCUCCAGAUUGCCUUCUGCCUGGUGAUGGGACUCCUGUUUGCGGUGGACACGGGGCUGUACUUCUCUGUGCGCAAGGAACUUUGGAGUUCGAUGGGCGACCUGGAGAAUGACAUGGUCACAUGGAGCAAGAGCCUCGAGGACAAAUGACCCCUCAUCCUGAGGCGUCACAGCUGCAGUGCCUCUUCAGGCCAGACCUCUCCCCCUUGCCCAGCCCCUCAAGCGACCUGGGCUCAGGUGCCCAUUGCACAGGAAGGGCCUUAAGCUUCAGAGCCGAACGGCUCCAGGCCCUUACGGACCCCCGAAGGUCUAGGCACGGGCACAGCCGUCCAGCUCUGCCAGGACUGACAGCAAAUGUGUUCUCGCGUGUCCUAGACAGAGGCUCCUCAGACACACAAAACUCACUAAAUCCUGCUUCUGCUUUCAAAACAAACCCACCCCUCUGACCACUUCUUUGUUCGCCAGCCGCGUCCCUCAGCUGCCAUCGUCCCUCGCUUGGAGGGCCCAGCAGCCUUCCCUACGGUCUGUUCUCACAGCUGCCAGUGACCUUUUAAAAAUGUGUGUUCACUGUUCAUCUGUCACUUCUGUCCUCAAAGCCGCACGGUAACUUCCUCUUGCACUUAAAAGCUACAGCCUCUGCAGUGUGUUUAGGCUCCCCCUGAACUUCCUCCUGCCCGGCUCUGGCCUCAGCCUCGUCUGUUUCUUACCCCCGGCAACACAUCAGUCUUACUUCUGCUCAGGCUUCUGUUGUUCCCUGUUUCCCAAUGUUCUUUCGUGCAGGUGUCUCAUCGUGGUCUGUACCCAGCGCCUCCUGGCUCGGUCAGUGUGACUGCAGUCCCCCACGGUCUCCUAAUCCCCCUCCGUGUUUUUCCUCAUGGUAUUUAUCACCGACGGAUACACUGUGUGGUCACCUGUGUAAUGGUUGAUUGUCCAGCCCUCCUGCCGUCAGAAUUCACUACUGUAUAUACUUAGGGUCCAGGGUCAGUGUCUGGCACAUGGUAAAGAACUCAAUAAAUAUUUGUGGAAUGAGUAA